UUAAAUAGGGGAAGGAGAUUUCAACAAUUUUGAAUUUAAGAGGGUGUGAUCCUGUGCGGAUGAAUAUCACCAUAGUAGCCAAUUAGUCCAAUCGUUCCUUAGCUUGGAGGUAGCAGCAAUGGCGGAAAAAGAAGAAGAGGAGGAUUACAUGGCAGACCUUUCUCACUUUCUUCCCCCAGAAGCUUCUUCUCUUCCCCCUAAACCCUCCGCUAAAACGGUAUCGAAUAAGCCUGUAGUUUCGAACAAGAAACGUAAGAUGUUAAACUGGCAAGAACGGAAAAAGCUCAAGAGAGAGCAGAAGCAAAUAGAAGAGGACCAAAAAACUCUAGCGAACUUAGAGUCAGCAAUUCCUGAGAGCAACAUUGGAUUCAAAAUGCUGAAACAAAUGGGUUAUACUCCAGGAUCAGCAUUAGGGAAGGAAGGCUCUGGUAGGUCUGAACCAGUGGGGCUGGAAAUCAGAAGGGGCCGUGCUGGGAUUGGGAAAGAAGAUGAUAAGGUAGAGAAGAUGAGGUGGGAAAUGGACAAGGCUGACAGGGAUACAAGGACACAAGAAGAGCUCAUGGAAACUUUUGGAUCUCACCUGAAGGAGCGCUGGAAGGAAAAGAGGAUUGUCAGGAAUUUUCACAAGGCUGAGGCAGUACUGGCUCAGUUAGAGAAUAGGGAGGUUGUAGAGGAGAAAAAGGAAGAAGAGGAUGGAGAAAAGGAUGAGGAAGAGGAAGAACCGAUCACAGAAGAGGAUUUGCUCAAUACGUUGAUGAAACUGAGAGAUGAGUAUCAUUACUGUCUCUUCUGUGGAUGUCAGUACGAGUCCACCGAGGCACUGCUGUCUAACUGCCCUGGGAUAACCGAGGACGACCACUAGAUGCCAUCUCCCAGUAGGCCUCAGCAUCAACACCUUGAAAAGGAUUUAGAAUCCUCCACAACAGAUGGAUAAUUUCCAAGGAUGAUAUGAAGAAGAUUCAUUGUCCUUCUAAAUCAUGCUUCUAGGCAGUAAAACAAGAGCUCAGAAUGACAAUUCUGUUCAGGUGAAUGAGGCUCAGUCCUCGGUAGAUUAUCGACAGUAGAAUCCAUUGAUAAGAUUAUAUUGGUGCAUCUCCAAUAGCUUCGAAUUGCAUUUCUUGAGCCAGGAGCCUUUAUAGCGCACAAUGGAUGGUGGCUGGAUAUCAAGAUUAGUGAUUCCUGUACUGCAUAGCUGUAGAUUGAAGUUGUAGCUAUUCUAAAUAUAUAUUUAUAGCGUUUGUAAUGUCAGCAUUGUCAUAUUCGAUUGCCCAAAAAGGUACACACCAUGACACUAUCUUGUCUGUUCCCCUCAAAAGGACAUUCUGGUUGGCAUGGUUCUAACACCUCGGCAGCUGGGCUGGUCCUGGACUCAUGCCAGGAGUGGGGCUAUUAAAAAUAUUAAACAGUGAUAUAUGAAAUAAAAAUGAAGAGAGUGCUUUUCCUGUUA